AUGACUUCAGACGAUGAUACCGGAACUAUACGGUCUACACCAUCUACGCCAUCCACAAGCCGAAGACGGAUUGGCAUUACCCGUAGUAACAAAAGCCAUACCUCUUUCUUCUUUCGCACUGACGAAUCAAAUUUUGAAAUUGCAUACUGUAAAAUUUGUGAGCGUGCCAAUCAAAAUCCAUAUCCAUACAGUCGUAAAGGUGGUAAUACGUCAAACUUGAUCGCUCACCUGCGUGACAAGCAUGGCAUAAUCAAGGAAAACUAUACCGAAUAUUUGGAUGUUAAUAAUGAGGUACGAUAUUGCUAA